AUGGCAAGUUACGCCGACACCGACGAGACGAAUAUCGCAGCGAACCCCGAGACUAACACGAACUUCCUUUACAGGAGCCUUUUCUCCACCAACUACCUGAUGCUCGCCACCGUUUUCUCUGCUGGCUUCGCUUGGGAGAUUGGUUUCAACAACGUCAUGGACAAGGUCUGGGACAACAACAACCGAGGCCGACAAUGGAAGGAUAUCCGACACAAGUUCCUCGAGGGCGGCGAUGAGGAUGAGGAAUAA